UCUAUACUAGACUACUACACACUACACACUACACACUACUCCAACUCUCCAAGAGUCAUGCUCCAGCCAUGUCAACCACCGCGAAAUUAGCAGGAUUGCUUCGCGAUGAGCAAGGUCCCGUCGCGUUCAACGACGCCGUCGACGAGGAUGCCGUCCCGGUGGAACCACUCACGGAGCACGACGACGCCAUCUCCGCCAUGUCGGCGGCCCACUGCAACAACAUGCAGUUCCGCUGCUACCGAGGAUUCUGGAUAUCGGAGAUGUGGGCGCCGGGUGUGGUCGCCGUGCACCGCAGUUUCGCACCUCGCGCCGACGACGUCCUCGUUGCGAGCCUGCAGAAGUCUGGUACCACGUGGCUCAAGGCCCUGACUUUCGCCACCAUGGCGCGCGGCGCGUGGCCGCCGUCCAGCCACGACCACCCGCUCCGCCGCCUCAACCCGCAUCUGUGUGUGCCUUCUCUGGAGGUCCUGUACACCCUAGGGCGCGACGCUCUGCUGGACAUGCUGCCGUCGCCGAGGCUCUUGUCCACCCACAUGCCGCUCUCGCUGUUGCCUCCUUCGACCUGCAAGAUCGUCUAUAUUUACAGGGACCAAAAAGACACAGCAGUUUCUCUAUGGCACUUCAUGAAGCGUAGACAUCCUGACUUGACAUUCUCUGAGGUACAUGAGGCCUUCUGCAAUGGCAUCUGCAUGGGUGGACCUGCGUGGGAUAAUAUUCUUGAGUUCUGGUACGCAAGCAAUGCAGAGCCAACAAGGGUACUCUUCCUGACCUAUGAGAAGGUUCUUCAAGACCCAUGUGACGCAGUUAAGAAGCUAGCUCAGUUCCUUGGUCAACCGUUCUCGGGUGCUGAAGAAGAAGCUGGUGUUGUCACAGAGAUUGCAGACCUCUGCAGCAUUGACAAUUUGAGGAACCAAAAAGCUAACAAGUAUGGCUCCAUUGGCGGGAAGAUCUCGCAUGAAUCCUUCUUUAGGAAGGGGAUGGCAGGGGACUGGACGAACCACAUGACUCUUGAGAUGGCAGAGCGUUUGGAUUCUAUCCUCCGGGAGAAGCUCGAUGGGUCAGGGCUAAUUGUGUGACGUUAUUCCUUUUAUUUAUUUUGAUUUGUCUUGGUAUGAUGAUAAAUCUGUUUCCAUGCCAAAAAUAAAUCGGUAUUCCACAAAGUCCUGAUCUUUACCAGCUUUCUAGUUUCUUUUCUCCAUACAUGGUUUUUAAGGUCAUUCGGGUUGUGUGUGACGGUAGAUGCUGGAUUUGUAAUACACUUUUAUGUAAAAUCAAAGGUGUUUUUAAUUAUUAUUCUGUGAUGAACAAUUGGCAUCGGAGAUUAUUGGUUUUGAUAUUUGGAAUUUA